UUGUGGUUGUGGAACGAACAAGAAGGCAAAACAACAAACUCAACAAAGAAUCAGUCGGUCAUACGAACUCGUUGUGUUUAGACGGCGUAUUGUCGUGAUAAGGCGAUUGAUUAAUAAUAUUUGAUUAAAUAACGGUUGAAAUAAAUAUAAUAUUAUUAUAUAUAAAAAUAAACAAAUAAUCUUUAAGACAUAAGAAUAAAAAGUUCAAUAUGUUUGCGACGAAGAAAACUUUGGAGAAGAUCGUUCAGAUCUAUCAAAAUGAGAUCCGUCGACAAAUCAGCAUGACCGUCAGUGUUACUAACUCAGACGCCAUGACUCCAAGGCUCGACCAAACAGUGACCAAGCCCCAGCCCAACGAAGAAACGGGACUUCCGAAGAAGUUGCUGAAGUUGCAGAAAUAUCACAGAUUCCUGUCCAGCCUGACUCCUCAGGAAAUGCCAAUGGCGACUCGUGGACUGGCCGUCUCCAAGGACCAGUCUCGGGAGUUCAUGGCAUGCUUCCCGGACAUCGUGAGGGAUCUUACAGAGACAGGGAAGCACAUUGAUGUGCCAGAAGCCACCAAGUGGUUGGCUAAGCUGUUACAAUAUAAUGUUCCUAACGGAAAAAAGAAUCGAGGUCUCGCCACCGUGCUUGCAUACAAAAUGCUCGAGAAACCUGAAAACCUCACACCUGAGUCUGUACAUUUGGCCAACAUAAUGGGAUGGUGCACAGAAAUGUUCCACACUCAUCAUCUUUUAUUAAAUGACAUAAUGGAGGGUACAGAAAUGCGGCGACGAACGCCAUGCUGGUACCGUCGUCCUGACGUCGGUCUUGGUGGAAUCAACGACGCUAUUCUGGUCCAAACAGCGAUGUACUCUACUCUUAAAAAGUACUUCAGCUCUAAAUCUUAUUACAAGAAUGUACUUGAAACUUUUAAUGAGAUGCUGCUAAAGUGUUCUAUUGGCCAAUAUUUAGAAAAGUCCAUGUCAAAAACUGAUAAGCCAGACUUAUCACAAUUCACAAUGGAGAAGUACGAGACGAUUACUAAAUAUAAGACAUCCUACUACACCUUUCAAAUGCCUGUCACUCUGAGUCUGCUCAUGACCGGCGUUGACGAUCCCGAAACCCAUAGACAAGCAAAAACAAUCUUAUUAGAAAUGGGCGAGUUCUUUCAAAUACAGGAUGAUUUCCUCGACUGCUUUGGAGAUCCCGCUGUCACGGGCAAGAAUGGUACCGACAUACAGGAUGGUAAAUGCACGUGGCUAGCUGUAGUAGCACUUCAAAGGGCUACAUCCGCUCAAAAGCAGAUUAUGGAGGAAUACUAUGGUAGCAGCAAACCUGAAGAUGUUGCUAGAAUCAAAGACUUGUACGAAGAACUUCAGCUCCCUCAUACAUACUCAGUAUAUGAAGACGCCACAUAUGAUCUCCUUAGGACACAAAUUCAACAAGUCACAAGAGGAUUGCCUCACGAUUUUAUAUCUUUUCAACACUUUACUCAUAUGAGAAUGGCAACUAAUAUAUCGGUAUCUCAGUCCAAAAAAGAGAAGGAAACAUUUCAAGAUAUUUUACCUUAUGUAAUGGAAUCAGUAGUGAAAACUGAAAAAAUGUCUGAAGUACCUGAAGUAGCUAAUUGGAUAAAAAAAAUUCUAGAUUACAACUUAGAGGGUGGAAAGAAAACAAGAGGAUUAAUAACUGUUUUUUCCUAUGAAAUGUUGGAAUCACCGGAAAAGAUUACUGAGGAGUCCCUGAGACAGGCUCGGAUUAUGGGAUGGUGUGUAGAAAUGUUGCAGGCGUAUUUAAUCAUGCUAGACGACAUUAUGGAUGGGUCGACGACCCGUCGCGGUGUCCCCUGCUGGUACCGGAUACCGGAAGUCGGCUUGGGAGCUAUAAAUGAUUCUAUACUCAUCUAUACUUCUAUUUACCAAACACUGAAAUUGAACUUUGGUGAUAAGCCACAAUACAAUGAUAUACUGAACCUUUUUAAUGAGACAUUACUAUUUACAUCAAUAGGACAGCAUUUGGAUUACAGUAUGGCCCACCGUAAUAAAAAUGACUACAGUCUUUUCACGAUAGACCGUUAUAAUGCUAUCGUAAAAUUUAAGACUGCAUACUAUACCUGCAAGUUACCUUGUUGUCUCGGCUUGUUAUUAGCAAAUAAAACCGAUAAAGAAACACACGGAAUUGCGGAGGACAUACUACUGGAUGUUGGCAAUUAUUUUCAAAUACAGGAUGAUUUUAUCGAUUGUUUUGGAGAUGAAUCGGUAACCGGUAAAGUUGGCACGGAUAUUCAAGAAGGCAAAUGUACAUGGUUGGCAGUUCAAGCACUGCAGCGCUGUAACCAGGAACAACGUGUCCUAUUCGAAAAACACUACGGCAACAAGGAGUCAGAGAAUGUUGAGAGUAUCAAGCGGCUGUAUGAACAAUUACAGUUGCCUCAAGCGUACCGCGAAUAUGAACGUACCACUUACGAUAGUAUCAUGCAAAGGACGCAAGCUCUCCCAGGAAGUUUUGGUGUUAAUUUCACAGCACUUGUAACAAGACUUCUCAAUAUGUUAUAUAAAAGAAAUCAAUGAAAAUUAUUAUGUACUAUUAAAGUUGAUUUUGUAAAUAUUUUAUAAUAGAUGGCGCUAUGUAAUACGCCAGUUACGCCAAUAUAUUAUAGGCGCUAUGUAACAUUUCGUACAGGGCAAUGGGGCCGGCCGGACGGCUAGAAAUAAAUGAUAUAUUAUACAAAUAUUAGAAAUAUUUGUAUUGUUGAAUGAUUUCAUCUAAUAUCCCGAUGACGUAUUGUUUUGAUUUAAUUGGUUAUUAAGAAAGAUAUUAAUUUUUAUUUGACAUUUGCCAACCCCAUUAUGUACACUUUUAACCGCCUUAUUAAAAGAUACUCGUUUAAAACAAGCGUUGAAAAUAAUACACUGUUACUAUUUAGGAACAUUUGCAUCGUCUUUUCUAAGCUUGUUAUAUAACUUUAUAUUCUGCUUUAUGGAUUAAAGUUUAUUCGAAUUAUUAUGUAAUAAAUUACAAUAGGUUCUUAUGGUUUAUUUUUAGGUGACGGUUUACGUUAGGUAAUAUUGGACAUCUUGUAAUCCUCCAAAUCCAAUGCAAAUUAAUGUUUACUUAUUAUUCGUAUGUAUCCUUUUUGCACAUUCUCUGGGUAAUAAUUAUUUUUAUAGAGAAUCUCUUGUUUUAAGUCUCUAGUCACAACUUGAGAGGUUAACGCUACCAUAUUCGAAACUUAGCUAUUACAAUUUAAUUUUUAAAUAAUUAACGAAUUAGUUACUCUUAAGGAUUUUCUAUUACCAUACCAACAAUUAUAUAUGUAUAUACAAGCAUUCUUGCUCGAAUGUUGUAUUAUUUUAUACCAUGUUUAUAUUUACCCACAGAUAUAAAAAUAUA